AUGUUGAAAAGACAUGACGUAAACGACUACGAUGACGACUACGACGACAAACGAAAAGAAGCGAUGUCUCAAAUUGACAUACCGUCGCGGUUAUCGCCAGUGUUGCCGCACAGUAACGACGACUUCGUCGUCGUCGUCGAUCCAUCUGAACGACUGUCGAAUGACGAUAAAUUAAGAAAUGAAAAUGAAAAGAAUAAUAAAAUAGUCGAGUGCACAUCGUCGUCGCCUGGCCAUCGAUCAUCAACAAGUUCACAACACGUCGAUCGCGUUAAUUCGUCAUCAGCGGUGGCGAACACGAAUCGAUAUACAAACGUGUUUGACGGUAAAGGGUCGUCGUCGGUAUCAUUACGAAGACGACGAUUAUUGUUAAGAUCUGACAAUAUAACAAAAGCAAUAUCGUUCAAAAGCUGUGGAACGAAACGACGAUUACGUGAAAAUUCAAUUACAUUAUCGUCGUCAUUGUCGUGGCCGAAUCAUGUAAAAACGUUUUUCGUUUGA